GCACCGGGGAUGGGGAAGAUCAGUGCAGACAGCCAAUCGGGAAAGGAAGUGACAGGAUUGCUGCUUCUCUCUGUCUUUGCAGCAGUGCUUGGCUCAUUACAAUUUGGUUAUGGACUCGGUGUUAUCAAUGCACCCCAGGCGAUUAUUGAGAAACAUUAUGCUCACAUCCUCAACAUUGACCAGAAUGAGACAAUGGCCACCAAUCUCACACAAUCACCCAACCCAAUCAAAGAUCGCAGAAUCAUCAUUUAUUGGACUGUUUCUGUCUCCAUCUUCUGUAUCGGUGGAAUGUUUUCUUCAUUUUUUGUUGGAUGUCUAGCAGACAGGUUGGGCAGACUGAAGUCUAUGUUAGCUAUAAAUAUCCUUGCAAUAGUUGGUGCCCUUCUCAUGGGAUUGGCCAAAUUUGGCCCAUCGCACAUCCUCAUCAUUACAGGACGGGCUAUCACUGGAAUUUAUUGCGGGCUGUCUUCAGGAUUGGUACCCAUGUAUGUCGGAGAGAUCUCACCCACCAGGUUGCGAGGGGCACUGGGCACCAUGCAUCAAUUAGCCAUCGUCACGGGUAUCCUCCUCAGCCAGGUGUUUGGCUUAUCGUUCCUGCUAGGUAAUGAGCGGUUGUGGCCUGCAAUUCUUGGCCUUUCAGGUGUGCCAGCCCUUCUACAGACCAUCCUGCUGCCCUUCUGUCCUGAAAGUCCUCGCUACCUCUACAUAAAACUCGGAAGAGAAGAUGCAGCAAGGAAAAAUUUGAAAAGAUUGCUGCAGAUAUCUAACACUGACAAGUACAUUGAAGAGAUGAAGAAGGAGAAGGAGGAAAUCCAGAAAGAGAAGAAGGUGUCCGUGGCACAGCUGUUUUGCUCUUCCAACUACAGACAGCCCCUCACUGUUGCCUUGAUGCUGCACAUAUCCCAGCAAUUAUCUGGAAUUAAUGCAAUAUUCUACUAUUCCACAUCUAUUUUCAGACAGGCUGGUUUAUCACACCCUGUGUACGCUACCAUCGGGGUUGGAGUGGUCAACAUCAUCUUCACUGUGGUUUCAGUCUUCCUGGUGGAGCAUGCUGGCCGUCGGUCUCUCUACAUCAUAGGCCUGGCAGGGAUGUGCAGCUGUGCAUUUCUAAUGACAGUCGGGCUAGUUUUCCAGCACAAUUUCACCUGGAUGAGCUACCUGAGCAUGUCAGCUAUCUUUAUCUUCGUAGCCUUCUUCGAGAUUGGACCAGGCCCGAUCCCUUGGUUCAUUGUAGCUGAGUUAUUUCGGCAAGGGGCACGGCCAGCUGCUAUAACCAUUGCGGGUUUCUGCAAUUGGACCUCUAAUUUCAUCGUGGGAAUGUGCUUCCCAUACAUUGCGAUUUGCAGCUUUCUUCCCAACCAUUCUGAAGAAGGAUCGCACUGGAUUCAAAAUGUUAACUUUGGGUGGAAUUUUCCACUCCCUUGAGUGGCAUGGGGAAGAAUGUUAGAAAGAUACAACUAAAUGAAACAGGUUGGAAAAACUCUUGAUUUUCCUUUCAAGCUUCAAACACCAAUUUCAGAAUUUCACUAGAAAUUCCAUGCAUUUGCCUCACAUUAUUAGCCUAACUCAUUUUAUUCAUGUGCUAUUUCAAUAUUUCUACUCUUACUUGAGAAACGUAGUAUAUGCAGACUUCCAAAAGGCAUUUGAUAAUAGUGUCACACAACAAACUUGGGUGACAAGCUAUAGCUCAUAGAAUAAACACGGACAAGAAAAUAGCUAAGGAGCAGGAGAAAGAUUUGUAGCUCAGCUCUCUCGGGGUAAGUUUUGGAACCCUUCCUUUUCCUAAUAGCUGUUAAUGACCUAGACCUUGGUGCUUGGGAAAUAAAUUCCAAGGUUAUGGAUGGUUCAAAGCUUUGUAAGCACUGUAAACUGAGAGAAGGACAGUGAAGAAAUGUCAAAAGGACAUUAACAAAUUGAUGGAGUGGGAGACAGAUGGCAAAUGAAGUUCAAUACAGGGAAAAUGUGAGGUGAUAAACCAUGGUUGAAAGAACAUGCAGAGACAGUAUAAAAUAAAGCAUGCUACCCUAAAGAGUGUGCAGCAGGAUAUGUGCAGAAGAGUAAAUAUGACAGGGUACGUGAAGGGACCAGCCAUGAUUUGUUAAAGAUACAGAGAGUGCAGGACCAAGGAGGUUAUACUGAACUUGCAAGAAUCAAUUGUUAGACCACAGAUGAAGCAUUUUGUGCGGUUUUGGGCAGAACACUUCAACCAGGAUAUAAAUACAGUGGAGAAAGUGCAGAGGAGGUUUACAAGAAUGAUUCUAGGGAUGACAAAUUUCAGUUAUGAGGCUAGAUUGAAGAGGUUAGGAUUGUUCUCCUUGGAGAGAGGAAGGCAAAGAGGAGAUUUGGUGCAAGUUUUCGAAAUUAAGUGGGACUGGACAAAGUAGAUCGAGAGAAACUAUUCCUGCUCAUUCCAGAUUUAGAACCAUAGGGCAAGAAUAUAAGAUAAUUUGUAAUCAAUGUAAAUGUGAGGUGAGAAAAAACAUUUUCACACAGCAAGUCGUUAGGAUAUGGAAUUCCCUGCCUCGAUGUGUGGUGGAGGUAGGCACAAUUCAGGCAAUCAAGAGGGUAUUAUGUGAUUUAAAUAGAAAUAAUAUUCAGGAUUAUAGGGCACAGGUAGGAGAUUGGCACUGAUUCAUAAUGUUAUUUUAGUGUACCAAGGCAGAUAAGGUGAACCAAAUUACCUUUUUUUAUCCUAAUAAAUAUACAGUUCCGCAAGGCCAAUAGCCAGGCAGUGGAAUUCUCCACUGUUGCUGGCUCCCCAGGUGUAGGGCACUAUAGCCUGCACCCACAUUGUUGUAAGUGCCCUGACCACAACCUGCCAAAUUCAUAGUUUCCAGUUUAUCAAUGUUCAAUUGAAUUAGGAGAUCUGGGAGCUGGCAAGCUGGGAAUGACCAUGAUGCCUAUGUAAUAGACAAUCACAAGUCCCUGCUUCUAGCCAAGAUCCUUGGGUCAAAUAAGGAUAGCUCCUAGGAGACAAGGGCUAUCCCCUACAAGCAUAGCUGAUGACUCUUUUACAGACUCCCCUCCUUAUGAUGAAGUUUUGACGCCUGGAUCGCUUCAGCAUGGCCUAAUUGUUUUAAGAGACCAUCUCUUUUCUUUAGGCUGUGGACUGAAAAUUAGAAAGAUUGACACAGCCUUUAAAAGUGGAGAAUGUACAAGAGUUAUCUGCAGUUUGGAAAAUAAACAAAUGAAGCUAACUGACGCAUGAGAGAUAAUGUUACAUUUUGGGGACAUUCAGGUCACCUGAACUAAUUGCUGUUGGAGCAGUAAUAACUCCCUAAUUGGUCAGGUUGUAAAUUAACAUGGACUUUGUAAGGGAAAUUAAAAACAAGAAGAAACAAGGAAAUCUCCAGUUAUUUCUCUCUCUCUCUCUGAAAAGUAACUGACUCUAAACUUCUACCUGAAGUACAGAAAAAUUAUGUUCAGAGUCACUGAAAGAAACAAUUGUAAAAUCAAAAGGCAAAAGGAAGACCCUGUGUGUGCAUGUGUGUAAGUUUACGAUGUACAAGUUUGAAUUUUGUUUCUUUUACUAUUCAUGUUGAAGUAC